CUCUUAAAGGUCUAGUGACGUAAAUACUACAGCCAAUGAGCACGAGGCGCUAAUCAGUGUGUCGCUGUCCUUUCAGCACCGCGGCGCGCGCCACGCUCAGCGAGCUAAAAGGAAAAGUCGCGCCGGCUGGCCGCUCUCGUGCGUGAAUGAACCCGAGACUCCGGCGGCUGACUGGACGAAGUAGUUUGAGUAAGGUGAGCAGAAAGCUCUUAACGAGGCCCUCUUCUUCGGUUAUGGUCGCCUAGGUUUCCGUAGCUCCACUUGCGUGAGUUUAAGUUGAACUUUUUUUGCGAAGAAAGACUUUUUCUCUGAAAAUGAAUCUUGUGGUCGCCCUGACGGGCAUCUUCACGCUCGCACGUGUGCAAGCCGUCCACGGACAAGGAGACAAGGGAACCCGUUUUCUCUGCACGGCUGUCCCCAUUGGCAAGGACAUAAACUGCCCAGUACAACCUGCGUCCGUCCAGAGCACUUCGGCUCAGGAAGAGGAGCUGAGGAACACGGUCAUGCAGCUGAGAGAAACCAUCCUGCAGCAAAAGGAGACGAUCGUAAACCAGCUGGGAACCAUCAAAGAACUGACUUACAAACUGUCCCGGUGUGAAUCUGCCUCUGAUGACUCCGGGUCGUGGAAGAGCAGUAAAGAUACGAUGGACGAUGUGCCACGAGAUCCAAAUGAAACCAUAGACGCCCUCGGGAAGACCAUGCAGAGCCUGAAGGACCGCCUACAGAAUCUGGAGAUGCGAGCCAAUCUCUCUGGUGCUUCGUUUCCCAAUGAGCUGCGAGACCUGCUGCAGCGCAGGCUGGGUGACCUGGAGAGCCAGUUGCUGAAGAAAGUCAAUGAACUGGAGGAAGAAAAAUCACAGCUGUAUAACGAGACGGCUGCCCAUCGCCAGCGCACUGAGAACACCCUCAACUCCCUCAUGAACAGGAUCUCUGACCUGGAGAAAGGUAAUACAGGCUUCAGGUCCCCUGAGGAUUUCAAACUCUCCUUACCACUGCGCACAAACUACCUUUUUGGAAGAGUGAAAAAGAGCCUGCCAGAAAUGUAUGCCUUCACUGUGUGUAUGUGGCUCAAAUCCAGUGCUAGCCCCGGCAUUGGGACCCCUUUCUCUUAUGGGGUACCUGGGCAGGCCAAUGAGAUUGUGCUGAUUGAAUGGGGAAACAAUCCCAUGGAGCUGCUCAUCAAUGACAAAGUGGCGCAGUUGCCUCUGUCUUUGAGUGAUGGGAGAUGGCACCACAUCUGCAUCACUUGGACCACCAGAGACGGGCUAUGGGAGGCUUAUCAGGAUGGUCAGCGGCUAGGCUCAGGGGAGAACCUGGCCCCAUGGCACCCUAUCAAACCUGAUGGAGUCCUCAUCCUAGGACAGGAACAGGAUGUGGUCGGGGGGCGCUUUGAUGCCACCCAGGCCUUCGUUGGGGAACUGAGUCAUUUCAACAUCUGGGACCGGGUCCUACGGCCCAUAGACAUCAGCAACAUGGCCAACUGCUCUGCCUACAUGCCUGGCAAUGUGGUGGCCUGGGCUGACAGCGAUGUGGAGGUGUUCGGCGGGGCCUCUAAGUGGCCACUAGAGUUGUGUGAAGACAGGCUCUUUGACAAUUAAAGGGUAUUUGGUAAAUUAAAAAAAAAGAGACGUUUGUCCUUCAGAGAGACAUUGUGUUCUGUGUCUCUGUCCAUGUGCUUUGUAGUGCUGACCAAGUUUUGCAUAUCCUUUGUUAGCUUGAAUAUCAAACAAAUACACUGCGUAAAGCAAUUUGGAAAGUUCUCUAUGGCUCUCUCUGUCUCUGUCUCUUUCCCUCUCUCUCUCUUUCUCUCCAUCC